AUGAUGAGAUGUUUCUCACAUUUAUUCGCCAAGAAGCCAUCACCCGAUCCGUCUCAAUCGUCAGGUAAUAUUGGAGAGCCCGGAGAGGCCCUGUUCAACCGGUGCCAGGAGUUUUCAUCCGAAAACGACGCACAAAUUGUGCUAAAGCCUCCCGUCAAAGUGGCUACAGAGGAAGGGAAGAAUGAUUUUUGCAACAUCGUCGCAGAGGAAUGUUCAAAGCAGUUCAUAGGCGGCCAACUUCCAACUAUCGCCCGGGACAUCUUCGCCGGGAAAGGCGCUUUCCAAGCCCUGGGAAACUACCCUGAAGAAUUUCUGCAGUCGGACAACGCUGAAAUAACGGGCGAAUGGCCCCCACCUUAUUCAAACCAACUCUCGACCCAAACCGAGUCAUCUGCGGGGAAAGAUGGUGGGACUUUGCGUCAGCCCCGCUAA